GUUAUACUAAAGAUGUUUAUCGUGAUGAUUUGGAACUUAUAAAUUAUAAAAAAAGAUUUCAUAAGAUAGAACAAUUAGAAGUGUAUAAAUUAGUGGAAGACUGGACUUGGAGACCUACUUCAAUCAAAACUAAGAAAAAAGACCUCAAAAUAGAAAUUUUAGCUGAAAUUUA